CGCCUGCCUGUUGGUUAAUACAAGGAAGCCCAAACGAACGAGGGACGCCAAAUCGCCGAGAUGAACGAGGGGAUUAGAUAAAGCGGCCGGUCUUUAGCGGGGCCAGCAGACAGCGCCCUCCUCUCCUCGCUUCGCUUCGCGUUGCCGCCGCGAAGCGCUGGGAGUAGCGUGCUGCCACCUCUCACUCAUCGCGGGCUCCGCCUCCUCGCGCGCGAGCGGGGUGGGAGUGGGGGGACGGCGACAAGUCGGUUAGGGUUGCGCGGCCACGUAACUGGGAGGUGAAAGGAGGCGAGGCAGCAGCCAGCAUGGAGGGCUUCGCCGCGGCGGAGCUGGAGGCCGCGGAGCGGUUGGUCAAGCGGUGGGACUCCACGGCGUCGGCGGCUUCCUCGGCUGGUAGGGGCGGGGACAACCAGAUGCUGUUCGACGGCGCCGCCGACCGCGCCGAGGCGGAGCGGUUCCUCCGGGCGGUGGACGACCUCCGCCGCCUGGCGCCGCCGUCGCCGGCCUCUGUCGGCAGCCCGCGCCGCGCCUCGUCCGCGGGCGGCGUCUGCACCGCAGUGGAGGUUGCCAUGACUCGGCUCGAGGACGAGUUCCGCCACGUGCUGUCGGCGCGCGCGCUCGACCUCGAGAUCGAGGCGCUCGCCGGCCUCAGCUCGCUUUCGAUGGCCAGCGGCCGGAGUAACUCUGACGCCACAGAAGCGGCCGCUGGGGAGGAAGACGACGGCUCCGUGUCGUCCUCCGUCGGCAGGCGCAGCAGCUACCGCUCCCUGCAGAGCAUCCGCGAGAUUGACCUCUUCCCCGCGGACGCAAUCUCCGACCUGCAUGCCAUCGCCUCCCGCAUGGCCGCCGCGGGGUACGGCCGCGAGUGCGUCCAGGUGUACGCCUCCGUCCGCAAGCCGGCCGUCGACUCCGCCCUGCGCCGGCUCGGCGUCGAGAAGCUCAGCAUCGGCGACGUCCAGCGGCUCGAGUGGGACGCUCUCGAGGCCAAGAUCCGCCGCUGGAUCCGCGCGGCCCGCGCCGCCGUCCGCGGCGUCUUCGCCAGCGAGCGCUGCCUCUGCCUCCACAUCUUCAACGACCUCCCGCUGCGCACUUCCACCGCUACCGCCGCCGCCGCCGCGGCUCCCACCAACCACGACGCGCCCUUCGCUGAGGCCGUCAAGGGCGCGGCGCUGCAGCUCUUUGGCUUCGCUGAGGCCAUCAGCAUCGGGCGCCGCUCCCCGGAGAAGCUGUUCAAGAUCAUUGACCUCCACGACGCGCUCUCCGAUAUGUUGCCUGAUAUCUCCGACAUCUUCGCCGACUCCAAGGCCGCGGAGUCGAUAUACGUGCAGGCCGCCGAGAUCAAGUCGCGGUUGGUCGACGCCGUUCGUGGAAUACUCUCGGAGUUUGAGAACGCCGUGCUCCGCGACCCGUCCAAGACUCCAGUGCCCGGCGGCACCAUCCACCCGCUCACUCGCUAUGUUAUGAAUUACAGCACCCUCAUUUCGGACUACAAGGCCACCCUCUCCGAGCUUAUCAUCUCGCGGCCAUCAGCUAGCCCCCAAACUGCUGCUGAGGAAAAUGAGGCUACACCGGCCUUCCCUGAUCUCGACCCGCCCGAUCCUGACAGCCAGUUGCCCCUUGCUACUCAUCUUGUCUGGAUUAUUGUUGUUCUUGAACACAACCUUGAGAGCAAGGCGUCACUCUACAAGGAUGCACCACUGUCUCAUUUGUUCCUUAUGAACAACGUGCACUAUAUUGUGCACAAAGUAAAGGAUUCAGCUGAACUUAGGGGGCUAAUUGGGGAUGAGUAUUUGAGGCGUCUCACAGGGAAAUUCCGGCAGGCAGCUACAAGCUACCAGCGAACUGCAUGGUUGAAGAUCCUGAAUUGUCUCAGAGAUGAGGGUCUCCAUGUUAGUGGUGGUUUUUCAUCCGGGGUAUCCAAAUCGGCACUACGGGAGCGAUUCAAGGCUUUCAAUGCUGUAUUUGAGGAGGCACACAGGGUCCAGUCUGCGUGGUAUGUGCCAGACACACAACUGCGAGAAGAGCUUAGGAUAUCAGUUUUGGAGAAGCUGCUCCCAGCAUAUCGAUCCUUCCUUGGAAGGUUCAGGCAUCACAUAGAGAACAGCAGGCACCCUGAGUUGUACAUCAAGUACUCAGUUGAUGAUCUUGAGAUAGCAAUGGCAGAUUUCUUUGAGGGAUCUCCACCAUCACUGCAUAACAGGAGGAGAUCUCAUGGAUGAAAGAUGGCUUGAAAAAUCUCAGUCUUCUUGUAAUGUAUUCUUUAAUUCUUUGGGGACAGGCCAACAAAUGCAGUUGGGUCUUUUGUUUUGUCCUCCUGAGACAUAUGGUUAGGCUGGUGCCAAUGCAGGCUAUAGUGAGGGCGAUAGCGCCCAGCAGGAGGCGAGAGCGAGGCCGGAGGCGGGCGAGAGCGACCCGGCGGGCGCUACUGCCACCGCCCGGCGAUAGGCAGGCGAGAGCGGGGCGACGCAUUGGCGAUGCGUCUUCGCGGGCGAGAGCGAGGGGCGACAGUGAGGUGGCGGCUUCUGAUUGGUCCACGUGUGCUAUAGCCUGAGGCUGUAGCCUGCUGCAGCCUGUGCACUGGAGCAGCAGGGGCGAGAGUGGAGGCGAGAGCUGACGUGGCAGGGGCGAGAGGGAGGCUGUGCAUUGGACUCAGCCUUAUAGUUGGUGAUGAUUUCUUCGACUAGAGGCAAUCUGAAACGGGAUCAGGAUCCUGAUAACGCUGUCAAAAGCCCCAUUUCUUCUUCCACUGUAAGCGAUCUUUUUUUUUUUUCAUUUGUUACACUUGUUUAUAUUCUUGUGAGUAGCGUGUUUAUAUAGGAAUGAUCUUUUAGACAUGUAACAUAUAUAUAAGUUGUAACUUCUGUAUCUGUUUGACAUUUAGCUGAGUGUUGUAUCAUCGUUUUGGUGGUUCACAUGUAUCUGAAGAAUGCUGCUUGAUUGAUGAGGUGUAAAAAAAGUAAUGUUAAGGCUAUGCACAUAUGAUGCAAUGCCAUUUCUUCUGGCCUUGAAAUAUAUGUCUGGAGACUUUUUUUUUGCUU